UUAACUGAGAGUGCCAUGUUUUGAAGUAGUUUUUGUAUAAAAUUGGGGUACAUUGGGGGAAUUGGCAUCCAGUCGUGGUGGUGAUCAGUGUUGGUUGUGUGUACAAAAGUUGAUAUUUUUUACAUUCCUCAUAGAGAAAGGUUUAUUAAAUUAAAAAAAGCCAUGUUCAAAUCCGUACUUAUUGUCUCGUGCCUUUUAGUGGCUGCCGUACGCAGCGAGGAUCUUAAAGUUGAUGUGGUCAGUGUACCCGAAGUUUGCGAACAAAAGUCCAAAGCUGGUGAUACGCUCACCAUGCACUAUACCGGCACAUUGACUGAUGGCAAAAAAUUCGAUUCUAGCUUGGAUCGUGACCAACCAUUCACCUUCCAAUUGGGUGCUGGACAAGUUAUUAAAGGCUGGGAUCAAGGUUUAGUUGAUAUGUGUGUUGGUGAAAAACGUAAACUUACCAUUCCACCAGAGUUGGGCUAUGGUGAUCGCGGUGCUGGCAAUGUUAUCCCACCCAAGGCUACUUUGAUCUUUGAUGUUGAGCUCAUCAAUAUUAGCAACAGCCCACCAACCACCAAUGUUUUCAAGGAAAUCGAUGAAAACGGUGACAAGCAACUGAGCCGCGAAGAGGUAAACCAAUAUGUCAGCGAAUACUUGAAGAAACAAAUGACAGCUGUCGAAGGUCAAGAUUCCGAAGAAUUGAAAAACAUGUUAAAGGAAAACGACAAACUGGUUGAGGAAAUCUUCCAACAUGAAGACAAGGACAAGAACGGUUUCAUUUCCCAUGAUGAAUUCUCCGGACCCAAGCAUGAUGAGCUGUAAGACCGGCAGUCUUCCAUCUCCAAUCCAACAUCUUUCCUUCUUCCAUUCGUAUACAACCAAAUAAUUCCAAUUUAGUAAUUCUUAAUUUCAUCCACAUCAUUUGACCUCUUUCUACUUUCUGUUUUGGUUGUUUAAUUUAAGUUUAUAUUUUUUAUGUAAAAAUAAUUUAAAAAACAAAACAUUGUUAACAUUUCAUUUUAAUUGAUAAUUGAAUGUUACUCUCAUUGUUAGAGUAGCACAGCUAGAUUUGUAGACAGUUUAGUUUUUCCUCUUCACAUUCUCUUUCUGUCUUGCAUACAUAUAACGUUAUUAGAAUUUCCCAUACCUACUUCACAGUUAAGUUUGUUUUUGUUUUAUCUGUAUGUGUCUCCAACCACUUAAGUAAAUUAAGUUUAGCUUAAAGUCACAUCAAGAACCUAGAAAAUGGGAAAUCCAAUUGUAAUUGUUAAUAUGAAACAGAAAAAAAAGAAGACGAAUUGCGAACUCUGCUAUAAAAUGGACGUAGUGUAUAAAUAUGAGACAAGUUUUUUUUCUAAUUUUGUAUUGUAUAAAACAUCAACAAGGUACACACAAUUGUUCACACAAUCAGCAUUUUUGUAAGUAAAUAAAGUAAUUUAUUUAAACAGAAAACAA